CAACUUUUCCCAAGCGCGGCGCCGGGCUGAGCCGGGCGGCGACGGCCGCGGCGGCCCCGGCUCCAAGCUGCGGGCCCUCUUCGCGCACCCGCUCUACAGCGUCCCGGAGGAGCCGCCUCUCCAAGGGCCCGAAGACUCGCUCCUGGCCAGCCAGGAGGCGCUGCGGUAUUACCGGAGGAAAGUGGCCCGCUGGAACAGAAGACGCAAGAUGUACAAAGAGCACCUGAACCUCACCUCCCUGGACCCCCCUCUGCAGCUCCGAGUCAAUGCCAGCUGGGUCCAGUUCCACCUGGGCAUCAACCGCCAUGGGCUGUACUCCCGCUCCAGUCCCAUGGUCAGCCAACUCCUCCAUGACAUGCAGCACUUUCCCACCAUCAGUGCUGAUUACAGUCAGGACGAGAAAGCCUUGCUUGGGGCGUGUGACUGCACCCAGAUUGUGAAGCCCAGUGGGGUCCACCUGAAACUGGUGCUGAGGUUUUCGGACUUCGGGAAGGCCAUGUUCAAACCCAUGAGACAGCAGCGAGAUGAGGAGACGCCCGCAGACUUCUUCUAUUUCAUUGAUUUCCAGAGACACAAUGCUGAGAUUGCAGCUUUCCACCUGGACAGGAUCCUGGACUUCCGACGGGUGCCACCAACAGUGGGGAGGCUAGUGAAUGUCACCAAGGAGAUCCUAGAGGUCACCAAGAAUGAAAUCCUGCAGAGUGUUUUCUUUGUCUCCCCAGCCAGCAAUGUGUGCUUCUUCGCCAAAUGUCCAUACAUGUGCAAGACCGAGUAUGCUGUCUGUGGCGACCCCCACCUACUGGAGGGCUCCCUCUCCGCAUUCCUGCCGUCCCUCAACCUGGCCCCCAGGCUGUCUGUGCCCAACCCCUGGAUCCGCUCCUACUCGCUGGCAGGAAAAGAGGAGUGGGAGAUCAAUCCUCUUUACUGCGACACAGUGAAAGACAUCUACCCGUACAAUAGCAGCAGCCGGCUCCUCAACAUUGUGGACAUGGCCAUCUUCGACUUCUUGAUAGGAAAUAUGGACCGCCACCAUUAUGAGAUGUUCACAAAGUUUGGGGAUGAUGGAUUCCUUAUUCAUCUUGACAAUGCCAGAGGGUUCGGACGACACUCCCAUGAUGAAAUCUCCAUCCUCUCGCCUCUCUCCCAAUGCUGCGUGAUAAAAAAGAAAACGCACUUGCACCUUCAGCUGCUGGCCCAGGCAGACUACAGGCUCAGUGAUGUGAUGCGGGAAUCACUGCUGGACGACCAGCUCACCCCCGUCCUCACAGAGCCCCACCUCCUUGCCCUGGACCGGAGACUCCAAAUCGUCCUGAAGGCAGUGGAGGGGUGCAUAGAGGCCCAUGGGGAAGACAACGUCAUCACCAGCGGCCCAGGCAAACCAGACUCUGGCCACCCUAACUGGACAAGCUAGGGACUAGAAGAGUC